CUUUGGGGGUAGGGGGAUCAUGUAAGUCUCCUGGCUUACAUUGCCUGGCUCAGCCUGAUUCCCCCCCCCCUUUUACUGAAGGCGAGCAAAAAAGCUAAACCCUGCUGCCAGCUCCAAUCCAGGAGGCGCUGAUCUGAACGGGUCAAAGGAGAUAUUUUCUUUUCCUGCGGGGGAAAAAAAAGCCCUGAUUUCCGGUCACCCCGCUGUCGUGUCGCGUCCCUGCCCCCAUCUCCCCGAUUUCAGGGGUGCAGGAGAAGGUUGCUGACAGCUCCUGGAGCGAGGGGGGAGGGGCAGCUCUUUGUUCCCAUCGGAUUUGGGGAGCAGGAGGGAAGCCCGGGAACGGGCGGCAGAAUGGAAAUGUACAAGGACUUGCUGCAGUGACAGCUCCCCGGGUGCUGUGUGCCUGGCGGGGGGAAGGGGAGGGAGGGGGAGCAGAGGACCAAAUGACUGGGAGGAAGCGAGACAGCAGCAGCAGCCGCCGCUACCGAGAGAGGAAGCGGCUGAGCCCUGCUGAUCCCUGGCUUGAGCAGCGGGCAGCCGCUCCCCCGGCUAACGGGGCUGCGAUGGCAUCCGCCGCUGGCCUUCAGGAUGGCCGCCGUCCCUAGAGCAGCGGGGCGGCCGACGGGGAGCCCCCGGGGGAGCCGGCUCACCAUCGCGGCGGCGGCUCUGUGUCUGUUGCAUGGGGGGCUUUGGCGCUCCGGCGGCCGCUCGCCGGGACUGAUGAGUGACUGCAGCCCGGCCCGGAGGAAGAUCUGCCGGGGGAGGAGGAGGAGGAUGGCGGCGGCGGGGCCGGUGUGUAAAUGUCCCCGGACCCGGUUGCCCGUCGGGGGGGCCAGUGCCUUGUGUGUCUUUGUCCUUUGCUGGCUCUACAUCUUCCCCGUGUACCGGCUGCCCGACGAGAAGGAGGUCGUGCAGGGGGUGCUGCUGCAGCAGGGCAAGGCGUGGAGGAGCAACCAGACCGCAGUCACCGGCUUCAGGAAACAGCUGGAAGACUGUUGUGACCCCGGUCAGCUCUUUGCUAUGACAAAACAGAACUCUCCGCUGGGAAAGAACCUCUGGUUUGAUGGGGAAUUUUUACAUUCUGUCACUAUUGACAAUGCAACUUACUCCCUUUUCCCACAGGCUACCCCAUUCCAGCUCCCAUUGAAGAAAUGCUCCGUGGUGGGAAAUGGUGGGAUUCUGAAGAAGAGUGGCUGUGGCAGACAAAUAGAUCAAGCAGAUUUUGUCAUGCGAUGCAACCUUCCUCCUCUGUCCAGUGAAUACACCAAGGAUGUUGGAUCCAAGACCCAGCUGGUGACGGCUAAUCCCAGUAUAAUUGAGAAAAGAUUCCAGAAUCUGCUUUGGUCUAGAAAAACCUUUGUGGAUAGUGUUAAAGUCUAUAACCAUAGCUACAUCUAUAUGCCAGCCUUCUCUAUGAAGACGGGGACAGAGCCGUCCCUACGGGUUUACUACACCCUGGAGGACUUUGGUGCCAACCAAACAGUGCUCUUUGCCAAUCCCAACUUCCUCCGUGACAUUGGCAAGUUUUGGAAGAGCAGAGGAAUCCAUGCCAAGCGGCUUUCAACAGGUCUCUUCCUUGUCAGUGCAGCCCUAGGUCUGUGCGAAGAAGUAACCAUCUAUGGCUUCUGGCCUUUUUCAGUGGACCUGCAUGGGAGGUUUAUCAGCCAUCAUUACUAUGACAACGUGUUGCCUGAUUCUGGGUUCCAUGCCAUGCCAGAGGAGUUUCUACAGCUCUGGUUUCUUCAUAAAAAUGGUGUAUUGAGAAUGCAGCUAGAACAGUGUGAGGCCCCUUUACUCCAGUCCUCUGCUUAAGGACCAUAAGGAAGGGCAUGGGGGAUCCUCUUCGUUAUAAUUUCCAUAUUCUCCAAAAAGAAAAUUAAAAGAGAAAGGGGAAAAUAUUUAUGGAUUUGCAGAGACAUUAAAGAUGCUACUUGUUCUAUUGAUAACGUGAAGGCAAAACAAGAGACACGUCCUUACACACAGUGUUAUGGAGAAAUAAGUAGCUCUCAUGGAAUUCACUACCACAAAAUUAUGAAAUUACUGUUGGAAGCAGCACCCCUGAACUUGAUUGGUUCCCAUUUUAAAAGAUCAAUUUAAAAGGGGCAUUAAGGGUUGGAUGGAGGCCGACUGUGCUAAAUGCUACUCGCUGUUGAAAGUCCAUUUAAUUCCAGAUUAGCACGACCCCCUUUCUUUCCUUCCUUUCUUACUACCUUCCUUCAAGCCAGGAGUGCUGAGUGUCACCAACUCCCAGUGACUUCAAGGGACAGAACUAAGGGUGCUUAGACUCUGGUGAAACAGUGCCCAGUUUUUGUAAUAGAGCAAUCCCUGAAUAUUGGAAAACCCCUACCGAACCACAGUAUUUAGCAGUGGUAGUUCAGAACUCUGCAAUUUACAACCAUGUCAAUGUAGUAUUAUGGACUAGAGAUGGUUGAAAAAUGGUAAUACAUUUUAAUGCAACACUGGCAAAUUCUUUGGGAAAUGUUGAAGCUAAAAACAAUUCAAGUAGCUUGGUUUUGGCCCAUUGUUGUAGAAUAGUAAGUUUUGUAUUAAGGGCUGCUCCUGACCAAUUUACUGUACAUUCUUUGGGUCUCAUUCUGUAUUCCUUCUUACGUCAAAUGCUCAGUGAUCUCAAUGGGAGUUUGAGGCACACAAAGGUAUGCGGGCCCAGGUUCUUAAUUUACUUGUAUCGCAGACGGUACACAGUGAGUACAGGUGUCUUUUAAAAUUUGUUAAAACAAUGAAAAUCCUUUUUCCUUGAAGCGAUGUUCUGUUUCUGCGAUUAGAUCCCUUCCUGUUUGCAAUGCUGGCCGUAAAGUCUUAUUUUUUAUUUUUCUCCCCAGAUCAUCUCUUGUCCAAGAUAUUAUUUGAAAAAAAAACCCAACCCUUGGGAGCACUCUUUAAAACCUACAUAGUGAGCAAAGAGUAAAUGACCCUGUCAGGUGCUUACAUAACACAGUCACUGUCCUUGAAAUCAGUGAGUUAUGUAAGUGUGUACAUUUCACUUAGGCUGCUCUAGCCUUUUCAUCGCUUCACAGACUGUUUUCAUUUUGUUUAUUUCUCAGCUGGCCCAUGGUCCUGGAACCUUUCUAAUGCCGAGUAAAUUAGUACUCUUAUUUUUAGGACUGUGACAAAAAUAAAAUAUUGGAACGUCAUCUUUGUUGCAAUUUCGGCUGCAAGAUUAGCCUUUUAAAUUCAGAUCUGCAUCCUUGUUGCUCUCUACUCCAUCACUAGCAGCUACAAACUGUCAAAACAGCAAAAAACGAGAACAGACAUUGGCUUGCCACAAGUAUUUCCUAUGCUAUGCAUAUUAGUUCCAAACAGGCAACGCUUUGGUUUGGGGGGUUGGGGGGUGGGGGUGGGGGGUAUGUCCUAUCAUGCUUUGAUGAUGUUUUUAUUUUUAGUGUCAGCUGCCUGCAAUAUAGAAAUAAUGGUUUAAAAAAUCCCUCAAAUGUCUGUGUAGGACAGAAACAGAGAAGUCUUCACACUUCUGAAAUUUUUAACUGUACCUUUCAGAAUAAAAUCAUUUUAAAGAUUAA